AUGGCGACUGGGUCGGGUUGGCAGCAGCGCUACUGCCCUGCCGGUCAGGGGAAAUUUAGCACAUCCUCGGCAUCCAGCAUGUCUUUUCAGUCCGGCAUCGCCAUGGAAUAUACCCAAGACCUACACCUGAAGAUGAGCAAGAAGAUAGCACAGCUAACAAAGGGUGUCAUUAUCAUCGAGCUGGGGGGUCCACCAGGCACUUGUACAUGUUUCCAGGUGGCUUCUGAAGGGUUUGAUGCCUGGAAUAACUUAGAUUUGUAUAGCACCUUUCAAGAAAGGAAUCAACAAUUUUUUAAUUUUUCUUUUCUUUUUUUUUUUACACACAGGUCUUUUAUCUAUAAUGAAAAGGACCAAGAGUGUUGGACAGCAGCGGUAAACUCCAAAACAGACAGUGUCUUUCGCAGAAGCACCAUAGCUUUAUAUGAAAGAAAUGCAUAUCUUCUGGAGUGUUUAAAUGGAAUAGGAAGAGAUUACAGGGGAACAAAGUCCAGAACAAACUCAGGAAAGAUCUGUCAAAGAUGGGACUCAAGCUACCCACACAGGCCAAAUUUCAAGCCGCAGAGCCACCCACAAGCAGAGCUUUACUCCAACUUCUGCAGAAACCCUGAUGGGGACAGCAAUGGACCGUGGUGUUACACUACUGAUCCUAACACCCGCUGGGAGUACUGCAACGUACCCAGCUGCUUUGCAUAUCUUCUGGAGUGUGUAAAUGGAAUAGGAAGAGAUUACAGAGGAACAAAGUCCAGAACAAACUCAGGAAAGAUCUGUCAAAGAUGGGACUCAAGCUACCCACACAGGCCAAAUUUCAUGCCGCAGAGCCACCCACAAGCAGAUCUAGAGUCCAACUUCUGCAGAAACCCUGAUGGGGACAGAAAUGGACCGUGGUGUUACACUACUGAUGCUAACACCCGCUGGGAGCACUGCAACGUACCCAGCUGCUUUGACUAUCUUCUUGAGUGUGUAAAUGGAAUAGGAAGAGAUUAUAGAGGAACAAAGUCCAGAACAAACUCAGGAAAGAUCUGUCAAAGAUGGGACUCAAGCUACCCACACAGGCCAAAUUUCACGCCGCAGAGCCACCCACAAGCAGAGCUUUACUCCAACUUCUGCAGAAACCCUGAUGGGGACAGCAAUGGACCGUGGUGUUACACUACGGAUCCUAAUGCCCGCUGGGAGCACUGCAACGUACCUAGUUGCCCUGGGUGACAGAGGUGGUCCUCCGGUUUGUUAUGAGCAGAACAGAUUUGUCCUUCAGGGUGUCGCAACAUGGACUGAGUGAUGUACGUUGGGCAGGACGGCCAGUGUUUACACUCAAGUUUCUAAGUUUGUGGACUGGAUCAAUGCAACCAUCAAAGCCAACUAAAAGCUAUCAUCCGUAAUGCGGUUGUUGAGGAUGUCUUAACAUGUAUACGUUGUUCUGCUCUGACAUGAACGUUUUUAUAAAGUAUUUUUUAUUAAGUAUGGAUACACAUUAAGUAGUGCAUGAAAAUCACAAAUUCUGCCAGAGAAGAAAAAUACAAGUUAAACAAAAUCAGAAAAUCACACUUUAUACAAGAUGUUCUGAUUUAAAAAAUAUUCUAUUUAUUAUGUUAUAUUAUAAUAUUUGGUGAUUGACAAAAACUGAGUUUUGAAGAGAAAUGUAGGAAAAGUGUUCCUAAGAAAAUGAAUAAGAACGAGCACGUUGAAAUGGAUGUUCAUGUGGGAUUGAA